AUGGACAGGUUUGGUUCAGAUCUUUCAGCAGGAGGUUCUGGUUGUAAAGUGGAUGCCAGUACCAUCAUGAAACAGGUUAAGGUCCAAAUUGUGGCGGCUAACGCACAAGAGCUUCUGCAGAGAAUGACAGAUAAAUGCUUCAAGAAGUGCAUAGGUAAACCAGGGAGCUCACUGGACAACUCAGAGCAGAAAUGUAUUGUCAUGUGUAUGGACAGAUAUAUGGAUGCCUGGAACACCGUGUCCCAAACAUACAACUCUAGAUUGCAGAGGGAAAGAGGGCGCAUGUGA